CUUAUCAAAUGUAAGAGUGUCUGGGUCUGGAAGAAUGCAACUUGUAAUGCGUAUUUCAGAACACAGAAAAGUCUCUCAUGCAUACGUAGCAAAAGCUCCCACUUUUUGUCAGCAAAUUAGGGGACUUGUCAUGCGGAUUCGGCAUUGCGGAAGGUUCUCGAAACCUGUGAUGCUAGAGCUUCCAUGCCAGACCUUCUGUGUCAUGCAAAAACAGCAUGACUCUUCCAGACCCAGACAUUUUUACAAUCUAUACUGCUGCCGCACAAGCAAAUGGCGGGGCAGCAAAGGCGACGAUAUCCGCAAACGCCUAUAUGGGAGGGGGCAAGAAGAAAUAGCGAGCGGCGACUUGUGUUACUGAAAGACUCAGAACUAGGAUAGUUUGUGUUUGAUGAAGAACUUUUCUUAGCACAAGUAGAGCCUUAGCACAAGUAGAGCCCGAGGAAAUCGAUUGCUGUGUUGAUUUUUCGAACAAUGUAAAAUCCUUUGUGGAUUUUCCAUGAAAGUCGAACCUAGAUGUUUUACACCCAAAGCGACAAAGGCACGCUCUAGCUACCCCGACUUUUUGGCUCGUUGCAUGGCUCAGGCACAAAACCACCUAUGCAGUUUGCUUUCAGGCGGAUUGUAUUUUUGGUGCGUACUUUGAGCUGACGUGAUUAUCCCACAUCCAUUCUGGGACUACAAAAACCGCUAAAUUCGUGUAUGCGAACAUUCACUGUGCGUAGGCUCGGAAUUCGUGGUAAGAUAUCAAUAAUAUGGCCUCGUAUGUACGGCUCAAGAAU